AUGGUGGUGUUCGACUUCGUUGAUGGAGCAGUGGUGAUGGUUGUGGAUUGUGGUUACAAUGUGCGAGAUUUACUUGAGAAGAUGGUAAUUGACAUUAUGGGGACAGGGGUGCAGCAGUACCCGUUUCUUCAUGCGCGUGCAUUCUCCGUUGUGGCUAAGUUCUCUUCACUGAUAAGUAAGGGGAUCUGUGAGCAAUAUCUAUGCAAUGCUGCCCAGGCGAUCGCCUCUGAUGUGCCACCCCCAGUUAAAGUAGGCGCCUGUAGGGCACUGGCCCAACUUUUGCCGGAAUCUACUCAGAGUUCAGUUCAGCAAAACAUUAUGGGCAUACUCUCAUCUCUUGUGGAUCUUCUGAGGCAGGCAUCUGAGGAGACACUGCAUCUUGUUCUAGAAACACUCCAAUCAGCCAUUAAAUCUGGCGGCGAACAAUCAACAUCAAUUGAACCAGUUAUCUCUCCUAUCAUACUAGAUGUUUGGGCCCAAAACAUCGCUGACCCAUUCAUUAGUAUCGACGCUGUAGAAGUAUUAGAGGCCAUCAAGAAUGCUCCUGGAUGCUUACAACCGCUUGUAUCUCGGAUUCUUCCAACGAUUGGGUCCAUUUUAUCAAAAUCCAAGGUCCAGCCAGAUGGACUUGUUGCAGGUUCGCUAGACCUCCUGGCGAUGAUACUGAAAAAUGCCCCAGCUGCUGUCGUUAAGGCAGUAUUUGACACAUGCUUUACAUUUAUCAUUCAAAUUACGCUUGAAAGCGAUGACCAUGGAGAGAUGCAGAAUGCGACAGAAUGUUUGGCAGCAUUUAUAUCAGGUGGCCGGCAGGAGUUGCUUGCUUGGGGUGGCGAACCAGGAAGUACAUUGAAGAUGCUACUUAGUGCAGCUUCAAGGCUUUUAGAUCCAGAGUUAGAAAGUUCAGUAUCGCUCUUUGUUGGGAGUUACAUUCUACAACUUAUUUUGCAUCUACCUUCGCACCUAUCUCCCCACAUUCCAGAGCUCAUUGCUGCUAUUGUGAGACGUAUGCAAUCAAGUGACAUUGCAGGAUUGAAGAGCUCUCUUGUUGUUAUAAUAGCCAGAUUAGUACAUCUAAGUGCACCAAAUGUUGAUCAGUUUGUCAACCUUUUACUUGCAAUUCCUGCCGAGGGCUAUGGACAUUCAUUAGCUUAUAUAAUGUCAGAAUGGUCACAACUACAAGGUGAAAUUCAAGGAGCCUACCAGAUAAAGGUAACAACUACGGCCUUAGCUUUUCUCAUAUGUACCCGUCAUCCUGAGUUAUCUAGGAUUGAAGUCAAUGGCCAUCUUGUCAAGACUAGUGCAGGUAUUACCACACGGUCAAAAGCCCGGGUAACUCCUGAUCACUGGACCAAGAUUCCUCUUCCAUCUAAGAUCUUCUCACUGUUAGCGGACACUUUAACUGAAAUCCAGGAACAAGUCGGCGAUGAUGCUGACAACGUUUGUGAAGAGGAUAGUGACUGGGAGGAGGUUCAGAAUGGUGAUGGGAUUCCACAUGAUAUGUUACAUGCAGCAUCAGUUCCUUCAAAUGCUAAUCCAUCAGUUGAGCACCUAAAUGCAAUGGCAAAAGUUUUUGAUGAGGAUGAAGACGAUAGUUACGAUGAUGAUUUGGCAAAAACUGACUCUCUUAAUGAGGUGAAGUUGUUGGACUUUCUAACAAACACAUUUGUCAACCUGUGGGAAAGUGAUCGGCCACUUUUUGAGUACCUGUUGCAGGGCCUAUCAAACCCACAAAAGGUUGCUGUAGAGAAGGUUUUGCGGAAGUGAAGCAUCCACAUGAGAUUAUUUAUUGUUUAUCGGGCUUUAUGUUUCAUCAAGUGAUCGGUUAGGUUUCGAUGCGUGCUGUAGGUUCAUUGGUUCGGGGUGUUUGGAUGAGCGGUAUUUUUUUGUAAAAUAUUUGUUCUGUAUUUCAGUGGUGCGAAGUUUUUAUCAGUGUGCAAGAAGACUAUCCGUUUAUGCAUUUGAUGCAUCAGAUGGUGUGCUGUUUGUAAUUUGUAUCCAUGUUCGGCCCGUGAAUGAAAGGCAGGAAGAUAUUAUUUUGGCCUAUCAACUAGUUUCUUUUUUUCA